AUGCAUCUUAUCUAUCUAUCUAUCUAUCUAUCUAUCUAUCUAUCUAUCUAUCUAUCUAUGGGAAUACAAUGUCACAAAAUGAACAUUGGCAUUCAUAAUACAAGAAAAAAUGCAACAGAAAAAAAAACGUAUACAUUCUUUCUUUCUUUCUUUCUUUCUUUCUUAUUCAUUUCAUAUUCUUUCCUUCUCCUUCCUUUAUUUCUUUACUUUUCAAAUAUUCUAUUUAAUUUUACCUAUUCAUUUUUUCGUUCUUUAUUUCUUAUUCUUUUCACUUUCUUUCUUUUUUUCUUUCUUUCCUUCUUUUUAUUUCUUUCCUUCUUUCUUUCUCUCUUUCUUUCUUUCUUUCUUUCUUUCUUUACUUUUCAAAUAUUCUAUUUAUUUUACCUAUUGUUUUUUAUUCUUUCUUUCUUAUUCAUUGCAUAUUCUUUCCUAAUUCAUUCCUUAUUUCUUUAUUUUCUAAUAUUCUAUUUAAUUUUACCAUUCAUUCUUCCAUAUUGUUUUAUUUUCUUACCUUCUUUUUUUUCCUUCUUUCUUUUUUUUCUUUACUUUCAAAUAUUCCAUUUACUUUUACUCAUUCUUUUCCUCGUUGGUUCUUUAGUUUUUUAUUUCUUUACUUUCAAAUAA